AUGAUAGUUGUUUAGCAUUCAGUAUCCUGGAGUAUUUAAAAUUUACCAUCAAUUUAUCCACUUAUAAUUGAACCAAUAGAAAAUGAAAUGGAUACUGAUAUCAAUUGCGCUGGUUUCGGAGUUUGGAGUAGAUUUGUACCAUUAAGUAAUGUUGUAUAAAUUGGUGAAAUUGGAAUACUUGAUAGUAGUUGUUUUCAUUUGUAUAGAAUUUAGGAUAGGAUUAAUAAUGAAUUGCAUUUUUUAUAAUAUGAAUGUGUCGAUUUUGAAUAGAAAACAAUCAAGAAAUAUUUUUAAUUUUUAGGUAGUGAUGGCAGGUAAUUUCAAUAAGAAAUAUCAAUAAAUGAAGCAUCAUAUGAAUUUAUAUGGUAUUUUUAAGGAUUCAUAACAAUUCCAUCAUAAUAAUAAGUCUCUAUUUAUUUAUAUGAGUAAAUGUCUUAGAUUUUUUCAAAAUAAAUCUAAAUUCAAUUUCCUUUAGAAGGAACUAAUUAUAAUUUAAUAAUCGGAGGACAUUUCAAAGUAAGUUAAAAUUCACCACUUUAUACAUAUGAAAAUAGAUUACUUUCAUACUUUCCAGGAUAAAUGUAUUAUUUUCGUCAUUUUUUCACUGAUUAACCUGACUAUUUCUUGAAAAUUAUUGAAUAAAAUAAUGAAAAAUAAUGUUUUUGUUAAAAUAGUGCAACAAUAGAAAUUGAGGAUGCUAUUAUAUAAUAAUAAGAUCAAUUUUAAUUUUUAUCCUAAUAACUUAAUUGUGAUAAGUUUUUAUUAUCAGGUUGGAUAAAAAUUAAAGAAAUUAAUUCAUAUUAAGAUGAAUUUUAUUAUUAAUUAUUUAAACUGUCAGGAAAUUUUUUAAAUUCAUAAUUGACUUAAGAUAAUUUGAGUGCAUUUUAAUUAUUAUAUAAGAUUUCAACUUUAGGGAACUAAAUUAUCAUUAAAUCAUAUAGUUAUACUUUCCCAACUGUUAAUAUUGAUUUUUCAAACAAUCUUUUUUUAAUGACAGAAAAAUUUGAUAUAAAUUGUGAUAUUUAAUUAUGGCAUUAUAUAUAUAUAGAAAAGACAUAGACUUCUAUUUCUAUUUCAAUAACAUUUUAUUAAGGUUUUGAUCAAGAAUAAUUCAAUUUAAAUUUAUAGGUUAAUCAUUUUAAUAUGGUAUAAUUUAAAUUACUUUAUGGAAAUAUUUUAAAGUCUAAAUCAGAUUAUUUAAUUAUAUAAAUUAUAGGUUUUAAAUUUUUCAAUUGUCCAGAUAUUAAUCAACCAAAUAUAAAUUGCCAUCCUACUUGCAAGGAAUGUGAUGGUCCAACUAAAGAAGAUUGUUUAUCAUGUUUUGAAACAUCAAAUAGAAGAUAUUUACCAGAUUUUAAGGAAUGUAUUUGUAUAUAUGGAACAAUUGAUUCAAAUAAUGAAUGUAUUAAUUAUUAAAAUUUGAAUCUUAAUUUAGUUUAAGAAUAAGAAUUAUAAAAAGAAUGUUAAUAUGGUUUUUUUAAUUAAAUGAUGAAUGCUAUAAAUGGUAUUAUUAUAUAAUAUAUAUAUUAGUCCAUCAAUAAUUAAUAACAAUUUUAUAACAUGUUUGGAAUGUGUAUAAAAUCCUAGAUCAUGGUUUAAUACUCUUUUUUGUUAGACAAUAUUAUAUACAGAUAUUAACGGAAGCACAUCAAAAUAUAUUUUAGCAGAUAAUAAAUUAUAUUAUAUUUUAGUAGGAGAUGAUAUAUAAUACUGUCCUGAUUGUAAUUCAAUAAAUAUAUCUAAUAAUUAAGUUGAUUAAAUAGAAUCAAUAUUUUAAUUUAAAUAAUUAUGUCAAUCAAUACAAAAUAAUUGUUAUUAAUGUGGAAAUGAGUGUUUUGAAUGUUAAAUUUCAGUAACACAAUUUAUUUGUUCAAAUAAUAUACCUACUAUUUAUGGCUCCUUAGGAUAAAAUAAACAUACAUGCAAAUCUCCUAAUUUUAUAGAUUUUUAUUAAAAAUGUGUUAUUUGUGAAAUACACCAUUGCUUAUAUUGUUUCAAUUAUUUAGCAAGUGAUCCGACAAAAACUACUCUGGGAUUUUAUGAAAGCUAUUCUCUAAUUGAUGAAGAGAUUAAAGUAGGUUGUGCUUAAUGUAAAGAAGGAUUCAUUUUUUAAUUUAGCUCUGGCGAAUGUAUUUAUAGGAGUCAAUCUUAAUCAAAUUGUUUGAGAUCUUAUAUUAAUUUAGAUGAAAAUGAAAUUUGUACAUUAUCUGAUAUUAAUGAUUUCAGUAUUGCUUUAGAAAUUAUAAAUUGUCAAAUCCAUAUUUUAAAUUGCAAACAUUGUAUAUAAACUAUAUAAUAAACUAUAAAAUGCUUAAUUUGUGAGGAUGGUUAUUUAAUAUCAGCCAAUACAGGGAUUUGUAUAAAAUGUUUAUAUCCUUAUUCAGUAUAAUGUUUUGAAGACAAUAAUUUAGAACCUUGGAAAUGGAUAGUUUAAGGAUUUAUAAUUCAAUACUUACCUAAUAGACCUAUUUUUACAAAAUUUGUAUAUAGACCAAAAUUAUUAGUAACUUAAUGUAUAUAAGGAUAUGAUACUAUAAUGAAUUUAUGUUAAAAGUAUUGUGAUGAAAUGUGUUCUAUUUGUGAAUCUCAUACUAACUAAAGAGAGUUUUUUUGUUCUAAGUGUAAAUUAAAUUACUUCAAAGAACCAAUUAGAGCUCAAAUUGAUGGUAAAUGUAUUCAAUGUCCUUCUUUAUGUUAAGUUUGUUAAGAGAGAUCAAAGGAGGAUAUAAAUGUAUAUUAUCCUAAUUAAAAUAGUUAAUAAAUCCAUAUUUUUAGAUAACUUCUGAAAAUUCUAUGUAUACUUUUAAAUGUAACCAGAAAAUCCCUUCUUAAUUUGUUCAUAUUGAUCCAAACUUAUAAAUUGCAUAAUUUUGUUAUGAAAAUAAUUGUAACUACAAUUUUGAAUUAAAUAUUGUAUUAUAUAAUAUUUAAAUUAGCCUGAAAUUGAUUGUAAUUAAUUGAAUUCAAUCCAUGUUUAUUAUGAUCAAUUGUAUAAUUAUCAAUAUUUCAAUGAAAUUGGACUAAAAUAAUUUACUCUUAUAAUACAUUUAUUGUCACAUUGUGUUAUUUUCAAUGGUGAAUAUAUUAUUGAUAAUUCUUAUAAAGAAAAUAUAUUUUCUAUUUAAAAAAGAAGUUUAAGAAUUUAGGGUAAACCAAAUCCUAUUUAUUUAAAGACAAAUUAAUUUCAAUUGUUAAUUUAAAAAUUUGAUUCAAUCAUACUAAAUGAGCUUAAUUUUCUUAUAUAAGCUGAAAUGAUUUUGAUAUUUGGAUCAUUAGGUUAAUCAGUUGAUUUAAAGAUAUAUGAUUCAUAAUUUUACUCUAAAAUAAAUUCUCCAAUCAUCAUGUCUAUUCAAGGAGAGAGUUUCCUUAAUGUAAAUUUAUAAUAUAUAUAUAUUUUCGAUAUUUCCAUUGAAAAUUAAGUUAUUUUUAACUUUUAAUGUGAGGAUUUAGGAGAAACCAUAAUUAUUAAUAAUUUUAGGAUUUAGAAUUGUUUUUUCACAAAUACUACUUUAUUUUUAUUUUAAAAUACAAGAAGAAACAUAUUUAUUAGUAAUUUUACUAUUGAUUCUUGUUAAUUUUAUAAUUCAUCAAUUAUGCAUUUCAAUUAAUAAUCUAAAAUUAAUAUUAAUAAAAUAAUUAUAAAUAACUCAUCAUUUGAAAAUUCAAAUCUAAUAUAUAGCAUAGAAAAAAGUAGUUUAACUAUUAAUAAUAUUUCAAUGUAUGAAAAUUUGAUGGUUAAUUCAAAAUUCAUCAUUUUUAAUUAUGAUUUUGAUUGUUAGAAUAUUAUUAUGAAGUAAAAUGAACUUAUAUCAUUUUAAUUUAUGUUAUAGAUUUCAUCAAUACUUUUAGAAUCUACAAUAUAGAUGAAUAAUAUUAAGAUUUUAGAAAAUAUUGUAUAAAAUUUUUCUUUAUUCGUUACAGAGUAAAAGUAGUCAACAACUUAAGUAAGCAUUUUAUUAACAAACCUUUAUUUUGAAGAUAAUAUUAUUUCAUGUUAUUAACAGUAUUUUCUUAUAUCAAUUAACUGUUAUAGUUUAAUUAUUUAAAAUAUCUUUUUAAGAGAUACUUAAAAUUAUCGUUUCAUAUCAUUAUUAGCUGUUCCUUUUAUAAAAAUUGAAAAUGUCAUUUAUGAAAAUUUGUUAUAAGAAUAAAAAAUCAAAAUAUCGUCUGAUUGUUACAAAAAUUGCGAUUCUAUAUCAUAAUUAAUAUUUGUUUCUGGAUUUAAUAACAUCAAUUUAAAUUAAAUUACAAUUAAAAAUUAAUUUACAAUAGAUUAAUCAAUUAUUUCCAUUUCAUCAAAUCCAUUGUUGAUGUUAAACUCAAACGAAUAUAUAUUUAUUAAAGAUGUGAAAAUGAAGGGAAAUAUUUUAAUUAAGAAUAAUUUAGGAAUAAUAUUUUCCUUAAUAGAAUUAUAUUCUGAAAAACCUUAAAUUAUAGAAAUUGUUAAUAUUAAAUUUGAAGAGAAUAUUUUUCAUUAAUAUAAUAAAGAUCCAUCUAAAACUUCAGCCAGUCUUUUAUAUGUUAAUUCUGUUUUAAGUUUCAUGAGGGUAUAAAAUAUAAUUUGCUCUAAUAAUGCUUUGACAAAUUCUACUUAAUCAUACAUAUAUUUAUUUUUAUUUGAAAUAUUAAUAGAAAAUUUUUAAGUUUACAAUCACAAUUACCUUGUUAAGGAAUUUUGGUUAAAAUAUUAUGAAAUUCAAUUAGAGGAGGAAUAUAAUUAAAAUGAAAUUUCUUAUGCUAUUUAAAAAUCAUUCAAAAUAGAAACUAAUGGAGGUGCUUUAUCCAGUACAAUUACUAAACUUACAAUUUUUAAUGGAAUAUUUUAAUAUAUUAUAGCAUAAAGUAGCUUAGCUUUUAAUAUUAAUUUAUAAGGAGAUGGAAUAGUUAUUAUAAAAAAUUGUAGUAUUACUAACGCAUAUAAUUCAUUAAUAUCCAAAAUAAAAAAUGAUGGUGCCUUAAGAAUUAAUGGAGAAGAUAGCUUAUUAUCACUUAAUUUAGAAAAUAUUACUUUUAUAAAUGUUUAAAAUAAAUUAUCUUCAUCCUUAUUUUCAGUAUAUCCAUCUUCUACAUAAAACAAUAUUUAAUUAAAAAAUAUUAUUGCAUAAGAUUGCUUUUCAUUAGUUCAUUAAGUAAUAAAUUUCGAAGCUGAUUUUUAAAAUGCUGACUAAAAUAGGGUGAAAAUUGAAAAUCUUAGAAUACUUUAAAAUGAAUAAGCCUUACUUAUUUUUCUUUAAGGUCUUGGGAAAAUAUCUUUAAUUGAAAUGCAAAAAGUUAUAAGUGAUAAUGCAAUAAUGAAAUUUAUAGGAUGUGAAUUGUUUUUAUAUGGAAUAUAAAUAGAAGGAAUAAUUUUAUCUUCAAUUAUAAAAGUUUAAGAUUCUAAAUUAAUCACAUUAAUUAAUUCUAAAUUUAUUGAUAUCUUAACAUAUUAUCCAUUAAAUUUGAUAGAGAUUUAAUAAAACAAUAUUUAUUAAUCAUUUAUAUAUUUUAAAGAUAUCAAAAUACAAAAUUACAAUGAUUAAACACUAAAGAAAUAAAAUUUAAAUUAUUUUGAUUAUAAUCACAUUCAAUUGGAAUUUUCUUAGUGUAUCCUGAAAAGUAAUUAUGUAGCUAAUUAUAUUAAUAAAGAUGAGAUUGUCUAAGAUUUUAUUGAUAAAAUUCUUGAUUAUUCAGAUUAAAAAGGAUCUUUAAUCAAAAUGAAAAGUAUUACAAAUCAAACUAGAGCAUUUUUUUACAAUGUUCUAUUUUUAAAUAACAAUUGUCAAUAUUGUUGGAAUGGCUUACUUUUCUUAGAAUUGAUUGAUUUUGAUUAAAUUAGAAUAUCAGAAUUAUCAUGCAUAAAGAAUUAUAUUAAAGAUAAUGGUUGUAUAUUGGCAAUAUCAGAAUAAAGAAUUAAUAGUAAAUUAUUGAUAGAUCAUUCAAAUUUUAUAUCUAAUAAUGGAAGAAUAGGAACAGGAAUUUAAAUUUAAAAUGUAAUAAUUAAAUUAUCAAAUUCUAAAAUCAUCAAUAAUACUGCAUCUUAUAAAGGAGGUGGAUUAUAUUUUCAAGAAGAUUCAUAAAGAUUUACUAUUCAAUCUACAUUAAUUAUUAAUAAUUCAGCAUAAUAAGCAGGUGGAAUAUAUUUAAGUGAAAAUAGCAGUUCAAAUAAAAAUAAUUUAAUUCAAUCUCUUCUCUUAUUUAAUAAUGCAAAAUUAGCUUCAAAUAAUAUUAAUGAAUUACCUAAACAUUUGUCUCUAUCAAUAAAUUAAAUGGAAAUGUAAUUUCAAUAUAGAAUAAUUGAAAAUAGCUUAUUUUAAGUUUUACAAUUAAAACCAUAUAAAAUUAUAUCUUAAGCUUAGGUUAUAUCUACUAAUAUUUUAUUUAUCCCAAGUGGUUAGAAAAUAUAGAAUUUUGAACUUUAUAAUCCUAAGCUUUUGAAAUUUUCAUCAUAUAUUACUGAAUUCACAAUAAAGUUUAAGAAUAGUUUGAAUGAACAAUAAAUAAACUUUUUAGACUCUACUUGUACUAUAAAUUAAUAAACUAUUGAUAUUGUAACUUAAAAUGUAAUUGAAUCUAUUAGAGUAUCAACAAUAAGUUUUAAUAAAUCAAUUAAUAGUUUUGACUUAGGUUCUUUAACAUUUAAUAUAGAUCCAUAUAAGCAAGAAGAUUAUAUUAAUGAAAUUUUAAUAUACUGUAAAACAGAAAAUCAAGAUUAGAAUUUAGCCUAUAGAAUGAGAAUAAAAAGCUUUUUAUGUCAAUUAGGUGAAUUUUAUAUUUUUUCUGGAUGUCAAAAAUGUUAAUCAGAAUAAGGAUUUUAUUCUGUUACAUAUAAUAGUACAAAAUGUUCUAUUUUUGAUAAAAAUAAAUUUGAAGCCAUUACAUCUAAUAAAAUUUAAUUAAAAUCUGGAUUUUGGAGGCCUAGUUAGAUUACUGAUAAUGUAGAAUUAUGCUAUAAAAAUCCAAGUCAUUGUUUGGGGGGAUGGAAUGUUGGUGAUGAUUUAUGUUAUAAAGGACAUAUAGGAGGAUUGUGUGAAGAAUGUGAUAGAUUUAAUGUAAGAGGAGAUGGAUAAUUCUUUAAAAACUAGUAAUAAUUGGAUUGUUAAUAGUGUGAAUAGCUUUCAAAAAGAAUGAUAGCUUUUUUUCUAGUAUCAAUAUGGUAAAUGUGAUUAAUAUUUUGUUAGGGCAAUUCUUUCUACUUUAUUAACCAUCAGAAGUAUUGAAAAAACUAAUUAAUUAUAUGUAUAGUUAAAGCUUAGAUAAAAUUAAAAAUUUUCUGAAAUUUUAUUCAAACUAAAUCAAGGUAUUAUAAAUUAUUAAUAUUAGAUCACGAAAGUAUUUUACUUAAAUUAUUUCUUAAUUAUUUUUGGGUUUUUUCUAUCAUUUUUACAUUUAAUAUUAAUUUAUCAAUCUCUUUAGAUUUUGUAAAACCAUCAAGUGAUACUUCAUUUUUUAUGGCUAAUUAUUUUGAAUGUUUUUUAGCUGAAAUUUAAGGGAUCUAAUUAAUUUAUUCUAGAAUUUUAAUAAUGUUUGCACUUAUGCAAUGUUAGAUAUUAAUUAUCUUUUUUGGAUUUUAACUACUAUAAAUGUUAAAAUGCUAUAAAUUUUAGAAUAGAAUUAUAUCAAUUACUGUUUUUUAUUUGUAUAUCUAAAAUUAUGCAUCCUUAAUUAAUUAGUAAAAUUAUUUAUAUUGAUUAGAUUUUUUUCAAUUUUGGCAAUUCGAAAAAUAUCAGAUUAAUAUUAUAUAUCAGGUGAUGUAUCUUUAAUUUAUGGAUCUUAAAAUCAUAUCUCAUGGAUUUAUGGAUUUGUAAUUCCUGGAUCCCUAUUUAUUGGAUUAAUUUUACCAUUAUCAUUAUUUUUUGUUUUGUACAUAUAUAAAGAUUAACAUAAUAAAAUAAAGUUUAGAAGACAUAUAGGAUAUUUAUUUAAUGAAUAUACUCAAAAGAAUUAUUUUUGGGAAAUUAUAAAAUUAUGGAAGAAAACCAUAAUUAUAGUUAUUCUUAUAUAUUUUGAAACUGAUAUUUUUUUGAAAGCAUCAUUAUUAGCACUUUGUCUGUUGAUUUACUAAAUUAUUGCUCAAAAGUAUAAACCAUACAUUCUUUUGAAAUUUAAUUUAUUAGACAUCUAAAGUGCACAGUUUUGUUUGAUUGCAAUAUUUUUAGCAACUGUAAAACAAAUCAUGGAAUAAUAAGAUAAAUAGAAUAUUUCAUUUAUUAUACAAUUAUUUAUCUUUAUAAACAGUAUUAUCUUGGGUUAUCCAUUUAUUAUUGAUAUUCUCAAAGUUUAUUAUUAAAAAUACAGGUUGAAAUUAUUAUCAAUCAUUUUCAAACUAUUGUAAACUGUGUUCCCUAAUUAUCCUAUAACCAAAUAUCUAAGAAAGAAAUUAAGUUUGAUGAGUUAAAAAGAAGAGAGUGCAAAAAUUAAUAUAUAAAAGUUGAAAUAAAUACUAUAAAUAAACAAUACUCAAAGUCCUUCGUAUUAUUAUUUAUUAUUAUUUUAGAUCAAAAAAAAGUAUAAUAUUUACAAAUAUGUUGAAAGGAAAAUAAUAAUCAUUAUUAUCUAUUGAAUCUAAUUAAGAAAAAAAUUGA